AAAUCUUGAAGCUCAUCUCCACUUUCCGACCUCAAAGAUCUGCGAGCAACAAUGCAAGGCGUUACUUCUCCUCCAACCCUCUAUGGACCUUUCCAGAAUCAUCGCCUUCGGCUAACUCACCCUCCACCGCCGACUCAUCCCUUUUUGGGACUUGGGUCAAUGGCCAGAAGCCGGAGGGCACCGACAGAGAUGAAGAUUUCGUCAUCCCUUCACUUGCUAGAAAAGCAAUUUGAUUUGAUGUGGGAUUUAGUUAAGGAAAUGCAGCAGUUUAAGGGGUAUGUUACAUUGGCUAAAAUGAGUAAGGUUAUGAGGAGGUUAGUUGAAGCUACGGGGUACAGUGAUGCUAUUGCUGCUUUCCGAGAGAUAGAAAAUUUUGGUGUUCGCCAAGAUGGAGAGGCGAUUGCUGUGUUAAUGGCUGCUUUGGUUAAGGGGAAUGCCUUGGACAGUGUUGAUCAUGCAAGGAACUUAAUUAUACCUCUGACUUCAAUUUGUUUCGAUGUAUUGAUAAAUGGUUUUUGCAAAGCUAAGAAGCUAGAAGAUGCCAGGAAUAUUAUGGAUGAGAUGGAGAGACAUGGAUAUCGACUCAAUAAGGGUUGCAAGCCAAAUAUGGUGACUUACACCCUCAUUAUGAAAGCUCGAUGUGAGGCAGGUGAGAUUACUCAAGCAUUGGAGGUUUAUGAGAAGAUUAAGAGUGAUGGUUGUUUACCAGACGAAGAGGAGGCAUUGAAAUGGCUUCAGAAAAUGGAAGAGGAUUCAUGCAAGUCCGGUCGUCUUACUUACUCGCCAUUGCUUCCUUUGUGCUUCAGGAAGAAUAGGAUGAAGGUGCCGACCUUUCUGUUAAACCACAUGUUUAAGAACGACCUAAGUAUUGAUCUUGGAAUAUAUGCCCUUCUGCUGAGUGGGUUUUGUGAGAGUGGGAACCUUCAGCUGCCUUGCUCAUACUUCAAGGAAAUGGUGCUUAAGGGAAUGGUCCCUUACCAGUCAACAUACAGCCGGUAAAGGAACUUUGUGAAAAGAACACGGUCGAAACAAAGCAAUGGAUUGAAAAUUUGAUGGUCCAGGCAAAAGAGCGAAGGAAGCAGAGAAUUCUUGAGUUAGUAAAAUUAGAGUCAAUUUUGCACAAACCCUAGAGCAGAGUCUUUGCAAUGGAUUAAAAUCUUUCCAUUAUGAUGUUUUCUUCUCCACUCUUUUAACUCUCUCCCCUACGGGCUGUGGAUCUAGAGGCAAACAAAAUGUUGAAUUAUCU